UAUUGUUUCUCCUGGACGGCAGACUAUCACGAAACCAUGCUUUGAAGCAAUGGUGAAUAUAGUGGAUGCGCAAUAGAUGUUAAAAUAUCAUGGCAGCUGGCUAUACGGAUUUGAGGCAAAAGUUGCAACUGAAACAGAAAAGUUUGAAAUCUCAGCAAAAAGAAAAGAAAUACAUUAGCCCAUCAUAUCAUUACUCACCAUACAAUGUGGAUGAAAAUUUAGUGCUCUUGAAGCAAAUUCAUACUGGGAUCCAACAGAGAAGAUUGUUUGAUAAUGAUCAGUGCACUGCUAUUGAAAAUAAAAUUGAUGAAGUGGUCGAAUUGGCAGACAAAGGAAAGUACAAACCCUGUACUGUUGACAGGGCACCGUUACGGAACAAGUACUUUUUUGGGGAAGGCUACACGUAUGGAUCUCAGCUCUCAAAACGAGGACCAGGUAUGGAACGCUUGUACCCCCAAGGAGAAGUUGAUCCCAUUCCUGAUUGGGUUCAUAAUAUGGUCAUUGAACCACUUGUAAAAGCAGGAAUUGUACCUGAUGGCUUCAUCAAUUCGGCAGUCAUUAAUGAUUAUCAACCUGGAGGCUGCAUAGUUUCUCAUAUUGAUCCUAUUCACAUAUUUGAUAGGCCAAUUGUUUCUGUCUCGUUCAUGAGUGACAGUGCUCUAAGCUUUGGUUGCAAGUUUAGUUUCAAACCAAUCAGAGUAUCAAAGCCCAUCUUAUGCCUGCCUUUGUCACGAGGCUGUGUCACCAUACUGAGUGGCUUCGCAGCAGAUGAAAUUACACAUUGUGUGAGGCCUGAAGAUACUAUUGCUCGGCGUGCUGUUAUCUUACUUAGAAGAGUCUUUCCUGAUGCACCACGAUUAGCGCCAGAUGAAGUGAUACCACCUAUUCCAGUGAAUGCAUCUACAAGACAACAAGAAAUUAAUGGCCUGUCAAGGCCAAAACGGGAAGGUGAAGGGAACAAUCCACGGAAACGGGUAGUAGUAAUGAGCAGUUCUUUGCAUCCUCGCCAUGAUUCUGCAUCUGAUAGUGAACCAGACGAAGAUGUAAAGUCGAAUAGUGAAGGAUCAGUCAAGCGCAGGCGUGAGGCAAGUCCUGGGUCAGAGCGUUAGUAUUACUGAUGUCAGUGAAGUUGUGCCGAGACCAUUUGAAAUUGUGAUAAGGAAAGCACCAUAGUCUGUCUUCAUUUUGCAGAUUUGCUUCAGUUUCUUGUAAAAAGGCUUGUAUUGAAUUUUUUUGUUCACAAAAUUGUAUUAAUGAUGUUUGUGACUUGUAAAUAUGUAAAAAGUUUUAAACUGUAAAAUAUGAGUAAAGCUUUAAUAUGAAGUUGUAAAAAAUUUACAGAAAACUUAUAUUUUGUUUAAUGUUUUCAGUCAGAUAAUAUGUUCCAGUUUUAAAAUGUAUGUCUGAAUUGACUUAAACUGCUGUUACUUGUUUUGAAAGGCCUUUGUCAGUCAGCCAUUCAAAUGUGCAUAGCGCAGAUUAUAUUUUAUUACAAUAAAUAUUUUAGUAUUCUGUAAAAUUAAA